UGGUUCCUGCUCCAGAGGAGCCACUAAGAAGAGAAAGAUGGAGAACCCAUCCAAAGCCAAAAAGGGGAUGUUUGGGUUGAAGCUGAAGAAGAAGAAGAAGAAAGCAGAGAAGGGGUUAAUCCUAGCCAACAAGGCUGCGCAAGAAGGACAAGAAGAAGCAGAAGCCCCACAGGAGGGGUCUUCCCACCAUGAAGGACCGGGAGGCAAUUUGGUUUCUGAUGAUGCUUCUACCACUCCUGUGCCCUCAGCUCCUCUGAAGAGAAGAUCAAAACUGGUGACUAAGAUCCUUGAUGGGGAGGUCAAAUCCCAAAAUUAUCAAAUUGCCAUCAACAUCACCGAGGCCCGCCAGCUGGUGGGCGAGAACAUUGACCCAGUCGUGGUCAUUGAGAUCGGGGAUGAGAAGAAGCAAAGCACAGUGAAGGAAGGAACCAACAGCCCGUUUUACAAUGAAUACUUCGUCUUUGACUUCCUUGGGCCCCAAGUGCAUCUUUUUGACAAGAUCAUUAAAAUCUCAGUGUUUCACCACAAGCUGAUAGGAAGCAUUCUGAUCGGCUCUUUCAAAGUAGACCUGGGCACUGUGUACAGCCAACCUGGCCAUCAGUUCUGUGACAAGUGGGCCCUGCUCACAGACCCUGCUGACAUCAGGACUGGCACCAAGGGGUACCUGAAGUGUGACAUCAGCGUGACUGGGAAAGGCGACGUCUUAAAGACCAACCCCAAAACCUCUGACGCUGAGGAGCAGAUAGAAAAGAACCUUUUGAUUCCUCAAGGGUUUCCAUCAGAGAGACCCUGGGCCAGAUUCUAUGUGAGGCUCUACAAAGCCGAGGGGUUGCCCAAAAUGAACUCCAGCAUCAUGGCAAACGUCACCAAAGCGUUUGUGGGCGACAGCAAGGACCUCGUGGAUCCUUUUGUGGAGGUCUCCUUCGCGGGGCAGAUGGGGCGAACGACAGUGCAGAAGAACUGCGCCAACCCUGUGUGGCAUGAACAGGUGAUCUUCAAGGAAAUGUUCCCUCCCUUGUGCCGGAGGGUGAAAAUCCAGGUGUGGGAUGAAGGCAGCAUGAACGAUGUGGCACUGGCAACCCAUUUCAUCGACCUGAAGAAAAUCUCCAAUGAACAGGAAGGGGACAAAGGCUUUCUACCGACCUUUGGGCCUGCCUGGAUCAACCUGUAUGGAGCCCCCAGGAACCACAGUCUGAUGGAUGAUUAUCAGGAACUGAACGAAGGCUUUGGGGAAGGCGUGUCGUUCAGGGGCAGAAUCCUGGUGGAGAUUGCUGUGGAAAUCCUCUCAGGAGGGGCACAGGAGUCUAAAUUUUCCAAGGCCCUGAAGGAGUUCAAAAUGCCUUCCAAGGACAAAGACUCCAAAUCUUCCAAAGGCUCGAGUAAGGACAAGGCAGACAAAACCGAUGACGGAAAAUCCCAGCAGGCUUCUGGCAAAACCAACUCCACUGAGGUUGAGGUGGAGCCUUUCGAUGUGCCCCCCGAGAUCGUGCCAGAAAAAUAUGAGGAAUUUUUACUCUUCGGAGCAUUUUUCGAAGCUACCAUGAUUGACCGGAAGAUUGGGGAUAAACCCAUUAGCUUUGAAGUUUCUAUUGGUAAUUUUGGGAACCUGAUUGACGGAGGGUCCCAUCACGGGAGUAAGAAGAAGUCAGCCGAGUCAGGCGAAGACGACGUGCUCCCGCUGCUGCCUGAGGGGGAAGGGGACGCAGCCCACGAUGUUGCCAUCCCCAUGGUCUCAACCACUCACCCUGAGAAGCCGCUGGUGACAGAAGGGAACAGGAAUUAUAACUACUUGCCAAUUGACUCCAGGAAGCCCUGUGUUUACUUCAUCAGUUCAUGGGGAAACCAGAUCUUCAGACUCCAGUGGUCCAACAUGCUGGAGAAAAUGGCAGAUCUCUUGGAAGAAAGUAUAGAAGAAGUGAGAGAAUUGAUCAAGAUUUCAGAGGAUGCAUCAGAAGAGAAAAUGAAGAUGGCACUCAGUGACUUUAUCAGUCAAAGCAGAGCCUUUAUCUCUGAAGCAGGAAAAAAGCCCAAGAUGUUGAACCAAACCACUUUAGAUAAGAAACGACUUACCCUCUGUUGGCAGGAGCUGGAGGCAAUAGCCAAGGAGGCCAAGGGCAUCAUUCAGCAGCAGCAGAAGAAGUUCUCUCUCGAGGAAAUGAUCCACGAAGCCCAAAACUUUGUGGACAAAAUCCGCUUUCUUGUUGAUGAGCCACAGCACACCAUCCCUGAUGUCUUCAUCUGGAUGCUCAGCAAUAACAAGAGAGUGGCAUAUGCCCGUAUCGCCUCCAAAGACCUGCUCUAUUCCCCCAUCAGGGAGCAGAUGGGCAAACACUGUGGGAAGAUCAAAACUCAUUUCCUCAAACUUCCUGGAAAACGGCCAGCCGGUUGGUCGGUGCAAGCGAAAGUGGACACGUACCUGUGGUUGGGCUCCACCAAAUACUCGGGCGCCAUUUUGGACAACUUGCCAGCAGGCUAUGAAGCAGAAAUGCCCUCCAAAGUGACUGGCGCCAACCACCCCCCAGCCAACCUGCUCUACCAAGACAGGCAUGUCUUUCAGCUGAGAGCUCACAUGUACCAAGCCCGGGGCCUCAUCGCGGCCGACAGCAACGGACUGUCAGAUCCCUUCGCCAAAGUCACGUUCCUCUCCCACUGCCAGACCACCAAGGUCAUUUCCCAGACCCUGUCCCCCACGUGGAACCAGAUGCUGCUGUUCAGUGACCUGGUGCUGCACGGAGACCAGAGGGAGCUGCUGGAGUCCCCGCCCCACGUGGUGGUGGAGCUCUACGACAGCGACGCGGUGGGGAAGCCAGAAUAUUUGGGUGCCACGGUGGCUGCCCCUGUUGUAAAGCUGGCGGACCAGGACUAUGAGCCCCCGAGGCUGUCCUAUCACCCCAUCUUUUGUGGCAACCUCUCUGGAGGAGACCUCCUCGCCGUAUUUGAACUUCUGCAAGUCCCUGCAUCCGGGCUUCAAGGGCUCCCUCCCAUUGACCAGCCAGAUGCCGCCCAGAUCUACCCUGUUCCUGCCAACAUCCGGCCAGUGCUGAGUAAAUACCGAGUGGAGGUUCUCUUCUGGGGAGUCCGAGAAAUGAAGAAGGUGCAGCUCCUCUCGGUGGAUCGUCCUCAGGUUCUCAUUGAAUGUGGGGGGAAAGGAGUCAAGUCCUGCGUGAUCCAGAGCUACAAGAACAACCCAAACUUCAGCCUCCAGGCAGAUGCUUUUGAAGUGGAGCUGCCCGAGAAUGAGCUUCUGCACCCACCCCUGAGCAUCUGCGUGGUGGACUGGAGAGCUUUCGGCAGGAGCACACUCGUGGGCACCUACACCAUCAACUGCUUGAAGCAGUUCCUGUGCAAAUCCAAGGAGCCCCCCACUCUCAUCUCACAGGUGGAUGGAAUCCAGGUUGAGCCAGAUUCGCUGAUAGCCACCGAGUCCCCCGGGCCCCUCAGCUCGUCCCCGGAGCCCCGGGCGGAUCACAUCUAUGUGGAUAUCGAGGCGCCACCCACAGUGCUGGCUGCCUCUGCCCAGGCCCAGCCCGCCGGCCUGGCUGACGUUCCGGACUCGUCCCCCAUGCUGGAGCCCGAACUCAAAUCAGCAGCUCCUAAGCCAUCGAAAGAUGGGAAGGCUAAGGAUGCCAGGACACCUUCCCGGAGGUCCACGAAAAGGAGGAAGAGGACCAUAGCUGAUGAGUCUGCUGAAAACGUCAUUGACUGGUGGUCUAAGUAUUAUGCCUCCCUGAAGAAAGCACAGAAGGCCAAGGAGAGCAAUUCCAAGGACAAAAAAGGAAAUCCAGAGGCUAAGACAGACCAGGUAGUGGUCAAUAUGGAAGAGGGCCCAAAGAAGAAGAAAGACAAAAUGCUCAAGAAGAAACUUAAAGAAGAUGAAAUCCCCAACCUGGCCGUCUUAAAGAUAUAUGAUGGUGAUCUCGAGAGUGAAUUCAACAAUUUCCAAGACUGGGUAAAAACCUUUGAGCUCUUCAGAGGCAAAUCUAUGGAAGAUGACCAUGGCCUUGAUGGAGACCGAGUCAUAGGAAAGUUUAAGGGUUCCUUCUGCAUCUACAAAAGCCCUGAGGAUUCCAGCACCGAGGACCGCGGGCAACUGAGGAUCCAGCAAGGAAUUCCACCCAAUCACCCCAUCAAAGUCCUGAUCAGGGUGUACAUUGUCGCGGCAUUUAAUCUCAGCCCAGCUGACCCAGAUGGCAAAUCAGAUCCCUACAUUGUGGUCAAGCUUGGCAAAACCGAAAUCAAAGACCGGGACAAAUACAUCCCCAAACAACUGAACCCAGUGUUUGGAAGGUCAUUUGAGAUCCAGGCCACAUUCCCAAAGGAGUCUCUGCUCUCUGUGCUGAUCUACGACCACGACAUGAUUGGGACGGAUGACCUCAUUGGUGAGACCAAGAUCGACCUGGAGAACCGCUUCUACAGCAAACACCGAGCCGUCUGUGGCUUGCAGAGCCAGUACGAGAUAGAAGGGUACAAUGCCUGGAGAGACACAUCCAAACCCACCGAAAUUCUCACCAAGCUCUGCAAAGACAACAAGCUGGAUGGACCCUACUUUCGUCCUGGGAAAAUACAGAUAGGAAACAAGGUCUUUUCUGGAAAAACCGUCUUCACUGAAGAGGACACUGAUGAGACAGUGGAGUCUUAUGAGCACUUGGCCCUGAAGGUUUUGCACUCUUGGGAGGAUGUCCCGGAGGUCGGGUGUAGACUGGUUCCUGAGCACAUAGAGACUCGGCCGCUGUACCACAAGGAUAAACCAGGAAUGGAGCAGGGCCGCCUGCAGAUGUGGGUGGACAUGUUUCCCAAGGACAUGACUCAACCUGGACCUCCUGUUGACAUUUCGCCUAGAAAACCCAAAGGGUAUGAAUUGAGGGUAACCAUUUGGAACACUGAAGAUGUCAUUUUAGAGGAUGAGAAUAUCUUCACAGGACAAAAAUCAAGUGAUAUUUAUGUUAAAGGGUGGUUAAAGGGUUUGGAGGAUGAUAAGCAGGAGACAGAUGUGCAUUACAACUCGCUGACUGGAGAGGGAAACUUCAACUGGCGCUUCCUGUUUCCAUUUCAGUAUCUCCCAGCUGAGAAGCAAAUGGUCAUUACUAAGAGGGAGCACAUCUUUUCCUUGGAGAAGAUGGAGUGUAAAACUCCAGUUGUGUUGGUGCUCCAGGUUUGGGAUUUUGAAAGGCUGUCCUCAGAUGACUUCCUGGGCUCCCUGGAAAUGAACCUCAAUAGUUUCCCUCGAGCGGCCAAGUCUGCCAAAACCUGCGAGCUCACCAAGUUUGAAAAUGCGAGUGAGGAAAGCAAGAUCUCCAUAUUCCAGCAAAAGCGAGUGAGGGGCUGGUGGCCUUUUGCUAAAAGCAAAGAACUCACAGGCAAGGUUGAAGCUGAGUUCCACCUAGUUUCGGCAGAAGAAGCUGAGAAAAAUCCUGUAGGAAAAGCCCGAAAGGAGCCAGAGCCCCUGGCCAAGCCCAACCGCCCAAACACCUCCUUCUCCUGGAUUCUGAGCCCCUUCAAGUGCCUGUACUAUCUCAUCUGGAAGAACUACAAGAAGUACAUCAUCAUUGGCUUCCUUCUCAUCAUCCUCAUCGUCUUCCUGGUCCUCUUCAUCUACACCCUGCCCGGAGCCAUAAGCCGGAAGAUCGUUGUGGGUUCAUAGAGGACGGCCGAGGACCCGGCCCUCGCUCUCCACGAAUCCCCUCCUCUUCCUCACCUGCAGACAUCUAAGAGCUCCUGCUGCAGGCUGGCACUGCGCUGGGGGCGAAGGGGAUGAAACCAAAAGAGCUGGUCCCUUACGUCCAAGGACAGGCCAGCUCUUUCUAGAAGAGACAGAGGCGAAGCAUGCCCUCCCUACCCCGACCCCGACACCAGCUUCCAAACCUGUAAGCCUUAAGUCAUGGUUUUGUCCGUGGACAGCUUGAAAUAAUAACUGCUUCACCUCAGGAUAAUCAAUAGUGACCUCAAAUUGACUUGGGUGAAUUUUUUUUUAAUGCAAUUGGUGUUAUUCUGAGAAGUUUAAUUCUGGGUCUGAGAUUUUAUUAGAAGUAUAUUUUUAAAAUAAAAUUUCAUAGCAAGUAGACUGAAAACAUUUUAGCACAUGUCUAGAUAUUUAACCUGCCCCACAUAUCUUAACCUUGUUUAAUCCUUACAAUUUACAGAACACAUUCACUUGUCCAGGCUAUGAAACUGGCUUAGAGCAAAUCACCUAAAAUACCUCAUUGUUAAAAUUCCCAUCUAGAGGGACAAGAUGUUGCUGAUUUUUCAUUAAAGUCCACAUUUGUAGACCACAUUCAACAGAGGUAGUAUAUUCUAGAAAAAUCCAUUAUGAUUUAUGCUCUAUGGCAAUUUCCAAGUAGGAAUUUUAAGAAAUGUUGUAAGAUAUAUGAAACCUGAUUGUGUGUGUGUGUGUGUGUGUGUUUGUGUGUGUGUGUGUCCUCACCACUAGUAGGAAUUCUCUUUAGCCAGCUUUACAGGCCCCACCAAGUCCGGCAUUUUCACAGAAUAUGAUGCCAACAGCCACCCCUGGUGCUUUUUGUCACUUAGCCUGCCUGUCAUACAUGGGCGACUCCAUCAUGAAGUUCAACCACAAAUUAAUUUCAAUGGCAGCCUUAGAAACAACAUCCUAUGCACCUGUCAGAUGGGGCUGGUAUUUCUUAAAGGUAAACCAUUGAUUUUCAAAGUAAUGCAGUCCAGAUCUUUUGAAAUGAGGGGCUGGUUUUCUCAGAAUAAGAUAGCAAAGGAAUUUCAGGAAUGUUGGCCUCAAUUCCAAGGUAGAAUUUUGGGAUCAUAAGAAUUAUGGCAACUGUUUCCUCUUUCUGUCAUCAGGGUCCUUUGGUGUGUGGGGGGAGGCUGGGUUGGACGUCCCAUCUUUACACCAGAGGCAGCAGGGCUACUGUUUAUCCCUGUACAGGGUGACUCUCCUGAAAGCAAAGGAUGUUCCUGAUUCACCAAAGAAAGACUGAGGCAUGUUCUGUGUAGUUUUAGACUUUGGCAUGGCUCCCUGCCUAGGAACUGUGAGGUCUUCUUUUCCCCAAGUGCUGGGGAACAGAGUAUUUACCACAUCAGCAAAAUUUCCAUGUGGGGCUGAUUAAAUAAAUGAUGGUUCAUUCUUACUAUAGAAUAACAACAGUCAAUAAUGACAUAGCAGAAAAAUACUUGAUGGCUUGGAACACAUACAUUGGAUAUAUUGUAGGUUUAUAUGUAUAUUAGGAAACCGUAUGUACAGCAGGAUGUAAAAAGAAAAAAAAUAUAUAUCUAUAUGCAGAGAAAAAAAUGCCUAGAGGAAUAUGCCAAACUGUUAAUAGUGGUUAUCUAUAAGUGAUAGUUCUUUUAUUUUCCUUCUUAUUUUUCUGUUUCCCUU